CGUUGGCGAACGAAUGCGACAGGAAAUUCUUGGUAGCACCUCCAGCGCGAGCCACGGAGACCGAAUAUUUUUAGUCGGCGAACGGAAGUAAACAUGGAGUUCUGCAAACGGCACAAACUGCUGCACGUUCUGCCGCGAUCCGGAAGACGAAUCGCGUGGUCCUGGCGAACCGAAAACGGCACGAUCUUCCGGAUCGCCGGCAGAGAUCGCUCCGAGGACUGUCGGAUAGAGGUCCUGAACGUCCUGCUGCCCUUGGUCGCCGUUCUUCUGGCACUGAUCGUUUGCCUUCGCCGGAAAUGCGAGAAACGGCGAGUCGGAAGCUCCGGAGGACGUCUUCCGUUUCACACGACCAGGACAUCGUUCUGCAUAUCGAUCCUUCUGAUCCUUCUCCUGGAGGUUUGCGAGUCCUUUCUGACGACCGUAUCCCUGUCGUCGAUAUUCACGGUUUUUGCGGUAGUUUCUUGCUGGAUUCUCCAUCGGAGGACAGAGGUCGACGGCAGCGACGACUCCGGGAUCGCGUUCACGGCAGCGAUCUUCGCCGCAAUUGGCUCGGCGCGUGCCUGGAAGUGCGUUUACCUAUCCAGGUACGGUCUGUCGAUCGGCCACGUUCGGUUCGCGACAGCAGCAUCGACCGCCAUUUUGUGCGGUUCCUUCGCCGUCCUGGACUCGUACGCGCUCUAUCUCACGGCCAGAAGAAAGAGGAGACGCCCGAUCGUGCGGGCAGCGGACGAACCGGAGACCGCUUACAGGCACUCCGAAGCGACCUUCGUCGGCAGGAUCACCUUCCACUGGGUGGUCGGUCUGCUGUCGAAGGGCUACGAGGCUCCCUUGGAGCGGCAAGACCUCGGCCAGCUGCCCGAAGAAGAGUCCGCCGCGCGGCAGUUCGAAAAGUUCAAAGCGAUCUUGGACGAGGAGAGGGAAAAGGGCCGACCGUCCCUUUGGCGAUGUUUCUGGAAGCGAGUAUGGUUUCCGUUCGCCGUCGGAGGGUUCUUGAAGCUGCUGGGAGACGCCGCAGCCCUCGUCGGACCGAUGACCAUUUCGAAAAUCUUGGAUCACGUCUCCGCGACGCGGAACGGGACGGAUCACCGAACCUAUCGAAGCGCCAUGACCUUCUCGGAGAUUCUCGACAACGGCUACUUCCUGGCGUUGCUGGCGUUCGCGUUCGCUCUGCUGCAGAGCACUCUGAGCCAGGCUUCCACUCACGUGCUCUGCGUCGAGGGGAUUCGUUUGAAGACCGCGCUUCAGGCUCUGUUGUACGAUAAAGCGUUGCGCUUGUGUUCGUGGAGCAUCGACGAGGACGACGAGAAGGACGGGGAGCGGCAGAGGGGUCAGCGGACGACCGACGCGGCCGCUCUGACGAAUCUGGUGUCCGAGGACGCUUACAACGUGAUGAGCUUCUUCUGGAUCGGCCAUUACGCUUGGGCCAUUCCGUUGAAGAUCGCCGCGAUAGUCUUCCUGCUCUACGCGAAGCUGGGCGUCGGCGCCAUCGUCGGCGCGCUCUGCUGCAUCCUCCUCGUCGCUCCGGUGCAACUGAUCCUCGGGAAGAAAAUGUCGGAGAACUUCAAAUCCGUCACGAGCAGAAGCGACGCGAGGCUGCGUCUCGUCAACGAGGUGCUCCAGGGGAUGAAGCUGGCGAAGCUCCGGGCCUGGGAGGACGUCUUCGAGCGGAAGAUCGCGAGGACCAGAGACGAGGAGCUCGAAGCGCUGGACAAAGACUCGCUCUAUUGGGCUCUGAUCGAUUUCCUCUCUCACGCUUCCUCGGUCCUGACGACGCUCUUCGCGUUCGGAGCCCGCUACUGGAUAGAGGACCGCAGCCUGGAGGCUGGCAACGUUUUCGCCGGCCUGGCUCUCUUCUCGCAGCUCACCGUGCCCCUCCUGAUUUUUCCAGUGACGAUACCGAUCGUCGUCGACGCGAUGGUGUCCACGACGAGGAUGGAGGACUUUCUUCGACUUCCGGACAUGGAGAACGUUCUGCCGGAUCUUAGGGACGGGAAGUCGAAGGAGGCCGACGCCGACGACGACGACGACGACGACGCGUCGUCGAGGACCGAUUCCGUCGAGGAGAGCACCGUUGCAGCGACGAAGGUGCAGAGCGACGCGACCUACGGAUCGUUGGGCAACAUCGUGGAGGACGAGGAGGACGGAGAGUCUUGCGGAUCGAGGGACUACCGUUGCCGCGUCGACGUCGACUCUUCCGCGGACACGGUGUUCGAGAAGGAUCCGGAAACUCCGAUCCUUCGGAUCAAGGAAUGCGCGUUCUCCGUCCGAGACUCCGAGGAGGGAAAGCCGCCGAUGUCGAUCCAGGCGCUCGACUUUCCCCGCGGCCAGCUGACGCUUAUCGUCGGAAAAACCGGAAGCGGAAAGACGUCCCUGCUGCUGGGGAUGUUGGGCGAGAUCCAGAGGACGUCGGGAUCGAUCGAAUGGAGCAAGGGUUCGAAGAUAGCCUACGUGGCGCAGAGAGCCUGGCUUCUGAACGCGACCUUCAGGGACAACAUCCUCUUCGGAUCUGCCUACAGGCCGAAGCGAUACCGAAGCGUGUUGAAGGCCUGCGCUCUGCAACCGGACGUCGACGUCCUGCCGGGACAGGAUCUCGCGCGGAUCGGCGAAAACGGGAUCAAUCUGAGCGGUGGCCAAAAGCAGAGGAUCGCCAUAGCUCGGGCCAUCUACAGCGACGCGGACGUAGCGAUCAUGGACGACCCUCUGUCCGCCUUGGAUCCUCAAGUGGGCCGACAGAUCUUCGACCAGGGGAUCCGGAAACUCCUGCUGAGAACCGGCCGCACCGUCGUCAUGGUCACUCAUCGCUUGGAUUUGUUGUCGGCCGCUCAUCGGGUGAUCGUCAUGGACGAUUGCCGGAUCAGAGCCACGGGCACCAAAUCCGCGAUCGAGGAGUCGGACCCAAAGUUGGCUACCGAAUGGAGAAACGCGGCGACGAGACAACAGGAUCGGCGGAACAGUCGCAGAAUCGCGAGGGACUGGUGGUCUCUGCCGAGGCUGGUUUCCAGAAUCGGUAUCACCGCGAAGAACGAAAACGCCGCCGAUGGAUCCUGGAUCGCCGAGCAGGAUGCUCGCGCGAAUCCGCCAACCUUCGUGCCCCUCAGGAUGCGAAGGACCGCGCUUUCGGGGUCGAGCUACCUGACCCCCGACCUCGCGGACCUUCCGGUGCCAACGGACGAGUGGAACAUCGCCGAGAAGCCGUCCAAAUUCCAUCGGAACGCUGCCAGAUCGAUCAGUCUGCAACCCCAAAGACGGCCACCGCCGGUUCUUCGUCAAAGCAGCACCCCGACCAUGCUCGAAAGCGGACGCGUCGCACCCAGGAAAAGGAACAACACCUUCGACAACGGACGGACCAGCGGCGUCUUCGCACAGAUAUUCUCCGGCAGGUUGGACCCGUCCAGCCAGGUGCGCGAGCAAGAUCGUCUUCCGGCGAAGAGACUGUUGUCGGUGGAGUCCAAGGGAGCGGAAAGCAACGAUGCGGAAGAAGGAAGCUGCGACGAGGAAGAUCGCGAGUCCUGCGAAGACGGACGUGGAACGGUCACCGGAACGAUAUGCCUGGAUUACUCGAAGGCGGGAGGCUGGAUACCCGGUUCGAUCUACGCGGGGCUGGCGAUCCUCUGCCAGAUCGUUCGCGUCUACACGGACCUCUGGCUCGGUCGCUGGACGGAUCGAGAAAGUGAAACUUUGGGCGAGGGAGAAGAAAACACUUGGUUCUACUUCAGGGUCUACAUAGCCCUUUCCGCGAGCUCCAUCCUCCUGUCUUUCGCGUGCAACGCGGUCGGUCAAUGGACGGGAGCCAGAGCCAGGAGGCGACUGCACGAGGAAGCGAUUUCCAGACUUCUGAGGGCGCCUUUGUCGUUCUUCGAGCGCAACCCCGUUGGGAAGAUCCUUAGCCGAUUCAGCGCCGACACGGGCGUCAUAGACAAGAAAUUGUCCACGUCGAUCCAGAGACUGACCUUCUUCGCUUUGCUGUGCGGAUCGGCGAUCGCGGUGAACGCGAUCGUCUCGCCGUGGUUCCUCGUCGCAGCUCUGCCCACCUGUGCGAUCUAUUACCUGGUCCAAAGAUUUUACAGGCGCACCGCGAGGCAUUUGCAGCGAUUGGACGGCAGCACUCGAUGGCCGAUCGCGACCCACUUUUCCGAAACUUUGGCAGGUCUAGCCACGUUGAGAGCCUCGAAACAGGAGGAUCGGUUCAUGGAUCGAGCUACCAAGUGUUUGGACGUCAACGCGAACGCGUUUUUACUUUUGAACGCGAGCGGCCGAUGGUUGGGCAUCGCAUUGGAUUACUUGGGUGCCGCGAUAGUGGUCGCAGCGACGUUCGCCGCGUUGAUUUCCGCGGAACUCUAUCCGAGUCGCGUGACACCGGCUCUGGUGGGUUUAGCGAUCAACUAUACUCUUCUGGUACCCAUCUAUUUGAACUGGGUGGUGAAGUUCACCGCGGAGAUCGAGAUGUACAUGGGCAGCGUGGCGAGGAUUUCCGCUUACAGGCACGCCGAAUCCGAAGAUUAUCGAGACGAGGACGAAGACGCGGCCGAUGUCUGGCCCGACAAAGGCGAAAUCGUGUUCGACGACGUGUCUCUGAUGUACCACGCGCAAAGGGAACCGGCGAUCUCCAACCUGACCUUGAAGAUCCCGGCAGGACAGAAGAUCGGUGUCUGCGGAAGAACCGGGAGCGGCAAGUCCACCGCGAUGAUGGCGCUCUUUCGAUUGGUGGAGGUUGCUCGAGGCAGAAUCCUGAUCGACGGGGUAGACGUUCGUCGGUUGCCUCUGAGGACCCUUCGAUCCAGACUCUCGGCGAUUCCUCAGGACGCGAUCAUGUUCGGUGGCACCAUUCGGGAAAACUUGGACCCCCUCCGCGAGCACGACGAUCGAGAACUCUGGAACGCGUUGGAAGUCGCGCAGAUCAAGGACGCCGUCGCUUCGCACCCCGCGGGUCUCGACUUCGAGGUUCGCGAAGGCGGCGAGAACUUCUCCACGGGUCAGCUGCAGCUGCUCUGCAUGGCCCGGACGAUCCUCCGGAAGUCGCCGAUCGUCGUUCUCGACGAGGCGACCAGCGGGCUGGACGCUGCCACCGAGAAGUCGCUUCUGAAGACGGUCUCGGCCACCUUCGAGAACAGAACCGUGAUCGUUAUCGCGCACCGUGCGGCGGCUCUGCUCGACUGCGAUCGCAUAAUCGUGUUCCACGAGGGCAAGAUCGUCGAGGAUGGCUCGCCGGCGGAUCUGUCCGGACGACCGGGAGGCUUCUUCGCGAACAUGGCGAAGUCCAACGACAGGGACGAGGACGCGAGUGUGAAACGAGUCUGCCAUCGACAUGCGUCGGACGAGGAGUGCAAGAUGAGGUUCUCGUGCUUCCCGAGACCGAACAUCCUGGGACAGAGUCGUAGCAUCAAUUUUCCCCCUUUGCCAGCGAACAACGACGACUCCGACAGCGUCGUUGGCAUAAGUAUCGUGAAUGGAAGCUACAGGCAGCCCGUGGAACGAGAGCUGAGCUACGGCGUGAUACGUCCCCUGGCCGAUGCGACGGCAACGGCAACGACGACAACGGUCAAUGGAACGAACCCGCUUCCGAACUCCGGCGGAAAGAGCAAGGCGCCGCCUCCGCCUCCGCCAUCGCAGCCUCGAAACCGCAGUCCUCUCCCUACGCAUCGGGAAAACGAUCGAGAGGAUGCCGGACCCGCGACCGACGCCGAUCGGCCCGUCAACAAUCCUAGGGGUGGUGUCAUCGGCAGGACACCCACGCCACCCUCUGCGCCGACACCCGUCUACGACAAAGAUGCCAAGAGCAGCCGGCAGAUCAAGAAGGCCAUUCUGGAGAACGAGUUCCUCGGCAACCUCGAAGAGAACCAGGUGGAUGCCGUCGUCUCGGCGAUGUACCCUAAACAGAUACCGCCUAGCACCUUGGUGAUCAGAGAAGGAGAUAUGGGGUCGCAUCUUUACGUCUCGGCGGAAGGCGAGUUCGACAUCUAUCAGGGCAACAAGUUCCAGAGGAGCUUCGGUCCCGGGGUCGCCUUCGGAGAGAUCGCUCUCCUGUACAAUACGAAACGUCUUCGCUCCAUCAGCGUGAAGAAAGGUGGGAAGGUAUGGGUCCUCGACAGGUCGGUGUUCCUCACCAUCAUGAUGAGAACGGCCCAGGAGCGGCUGGAGGGCAACGUCAGGUUCCUGCGACAGGUCUCCGUUCUCCAGAAGCUGCCGGAACCGAAGGAUCAUCUCCUCGCUAAGAUCUCCGACCUCAUACGGCUGGAGUUCUUCCUCUCCGGCGCCAAGAUCGUCACCCAAGGCGAGAAGGGCGACAAGUUCUACAUAAUCAGCGGAGGCAACGUCAGGAUCACGAAAAGCACGGAGCAGGGAGGCGAGGUGGAAAUGGUUGUCCUUGGAAAGGGUCAGUAUUUCGGGGAGAAGGCUCUUUACGACGACGAAGGUGAGAAUCGACGACACGCGACCGCCGUGGCUCUCGCACCUGGCGUAGAAUGUCUGACCUUGGACCGAACAUCUUUCUUGAAUUAUCUGGGCGGUCUCGACGAAAUUCGGAACAAGAACUGGGUGGCGGAGUACGAGAAGCAAAAGCGGUCGCUGACGCCGAGGAAUUGGACCAACGAGUACUUGGAGCUCGCGUUGACGGACUUGGAGACCAGAGGCACUUUGGGAGUCGGUGGAUUCGGCAGGGUCGAUCUGGUCGUCUUGAAGUCGGACCGGGACAAGAGCUUCGCGCUGAAGAAGCUGAAGAAGAAGGUGAUGGUCGAGCAACAGCAGCAGGAGCACGUGCUGAACGAGAAACAUAUCAUGCAGGCUUGCGAUUCUCCGUUCAUUUGCAAGCUUUAUCAGACGUACAAGGACAGCAAGUACGUGUACUUUCUGAUGGAGGUCUGCCUCGGAGGAGACGUCUGGACGACUUUGCAGAAGAGACGACACUUCGACGACGCGACCGCGCAAUUCAUGGUCGGAUGCGUGGUCGAGGCUUUCGAUCAUCUUCACUCGCUGAACAUCGUCUACCGUGAUUUGAAGCCGGAGAAUCUGAUGCUCGAUUCGCGCGGAUACUUGAAGCUCGUCGACUUCGGCUUCAGCAAGAAGAUAGGACCUUCCAAGACCUGGACGUUCGCCGGUACUCCCGAAUACGUGGCACCGGAAAUUAUCCUGAACCGAGGACACGACAGGGCGGUGGACUACUGGGCCCUGGGGAUCCUGACCCACGAACUACUGGUCGGCAAACCACCGUUUCGGGCUGCGGACCACAUGACCACGUACAACAGAAUCUUGAAAGGCAUCGAGGUGGUCGGGAUACCGAGCAUCGUCGGCCGGAACGCGAGCAACCUGAUCAAAAAGCUUCUUCGUCUGAACCCGUCGGAACGCCUCGGGUACCAAAGGAACGGCAUUCAGGACAUUCGAGAUCACAAAUGGUUCCACAACUUCAAUUGGCAGGCCUUGCAAAAACUAACCUUGCCGGCGCCGAUCGUCCCCACGGUACGGAGCCAAAUCGAUACGAGGAACUUCGAGAGGUAUCCGCCGGACCACAGCGUUCCACCCGACGAGUUCUCCGGAUGGGACGAACAAUUCUAGCGGCGUCGACGACCGAGGACGAUCGAUGGACAGCGUCGAUCGAGCGAUGAGAAGAUGAGACAGCCUUCGCGGGUCGAAUCGGAGAAUCCGCCGACGACGCGAGCGACCGCACAAUAUAUCUAAUCGAUCGUUCCGAUUUAACCCGGGAUACGUACACCGACGCGCACGGUCUUACGAUCGGUCCGAAAAAUCUUUUCACGUCCGUUAAAGCGGCGCAAGAGAUAUCUAUGCGGUUGGAAGGAAUCGCGAGCCACGUUGUUGUUGUUGUUGUCGAGAUCG